AUGUCUUUUUCCCAAGAUUAUUAUUGCUAUCCCAUCUUCACCUCCUACAGGAAUGAUGUGCCUCUCACUCCUGAGUUAGGUAUCAUUGAAGCUAGCCAUGUCUGCAAUUUGUACUAUGUCUAUGCUAACUGUCACAAUGAUCACUACUCCCCCUACUCUGAGAACCACCCUGAUCCCCUAGAAUGUUGUAUUCACGCCAUGCCUGACAUUGAAGUUUUUCUUAUGGAUGAUGACCAUCCCCCUCAAUGGUUCCUAGGUAUUGACCUCACUCACGCGUUGCACAGGGCUUACACCCAUGCUCUUUGUGUCUUUGGCAAAGCCAUCCAACCUGCUGGAUGGAAUUGUUGCAAGCCCUGGGCAAAUUACAACUAUGCGGCUGAGCUCAUCAAGAUUGGCUUUCCGUACAUCCCGCAUCCAAUCUGCUUCAAGGAAGACGUGUACCACUUCCCUGCUGAUUUGUUCCACAAGUUGCAACAGCAAGUCCACCAUAAUAAUUUCUAUGCUAUUUGUCUCAAUGCCUUGUCAAUUAUCAUCAUGGCUACUAAACAAAUGGAGUAUAGCAACAUAGCCCAUGUUGGCUACAUUUGCGGCUCUCCUGCCUGCGUCUCAGCGCAUUGUUUUUGGUGCCAUUUGCACAGUCACCCGGUGGUUGAACACUCCAAAGACAAUCUGUCCAACGCAGGAUUCCCUGUCAACGGAUACAACGGCAACAACAAAGCACUGGGACCAAUUACUCCGCCGCCUGGAAACAUUCCGCAGCCCCAGUUGGUGGACUUUGCAGAAGUCCCCUUUGACUAUGCCGCCUGGGGACUUCCCCCUCAAGAACCUUCCAAACAACCCAAAACAGCUUACCUGGGUUACCAGAACGGCGACUUGUUUACAGCUCCGGAAUACGCCCUGUUGCACGCCGCCAACAAAGCAGGCAAAUUCCCCGCUCCAGAGUACGCCCACAGCCACAAGCUCGAUAUCGCCGCCCUCACGCAGCAACUCUCUCUGGUUGCCGUUGCACAGAGCAUUGACUCGAUCUCCCCCGGGUUUGGUAACAACUUUGUUGCUUCUGUUUGGGAAUGGCCGGGAGAACCAAAUCCCGUCGUCGACUUGGGACCACCUGAAUGGCCCACCGUACCGCAGCAGCAUACGCCGCUGUUCUCGUGGGAAGACCACUGGCACGAGGUUCACGCUCGCGACCUAGAGCUAGGCAACAACCAGGACGUCAACAUCGGUGGAGGGCUUGAAAUUGACUCGGAACAUAUCAUUCGCCCUCUUCCCGUUGCCACUAACUAA